UUUCUAAAAAUCUUCUAAUAGGAUUCCGGUUUAAUCUCUUCGCAUGGCGUAGAUCAGUUUGUCAGUUUAGUUUGCUCGGUUAUUGUUGUCACUCUGUUGAGUGUGUUCAGCCGUUGUUUACUUGCCUUAUUGCACGCUGAUGCUAAGGCGGAGUUCAUCGCUCAUAUCUGAUCAUAAGGCGUGUUCUUUGUCCGAGCCUGGGUUGGAGUGUAUAAUAGUAACGCGCAUGGGGAAGCUGAACUUCGCUGCUCGAGCUGACAGGUUCCAGAGAGCGGGUGUUCAAGUUAUAUCACGACAGAUUUACACUUCGAGUCAAGACAAUGGCAGAAAAGAGUGGAAAACCAGAAUUUGAUCAACCUAAGGUUGAGCUACACGUGCAUCUUGAUGGUGCUAUUCGAAUAAAGACCAUUAUAGAAGUAGCAAAGUGGCGGGAAAUCACUCUACCUGCAGGCAGCGAGGAUGAAAUGAAAGACCUGUGCAAAAUGCAUGAGCCGGGCACACUCACAGAAUUCCUUGGCAAGUUCAAUCACUACAUGCAUGCCAUUGCAGGGGACAGAGAGGCCAUCAAGAGAAUAGCUUAUGAGUUUGUAGAGACAAAGGCCAAAGAGGGAGUGAUCUAUGUUGAAGCCAGAUACAGCCCUCAUCUGCUGGCCAACAAGGGAGUGGAUCCUCUACAUUGGAACCAAAAACCAGGAGACAUCACUCCCGAUGAUGUGGUGGACCUGGUGAACCAGGGAUUCAAAGAGGGAGAGAAGGCCUUCAAAACCAAAGUCAGGUCCAUUCUGUGCUGCUUGAGUCACAUGCCAAAUUGGUCUAUGGACGUGGUCGAGCUGUGCAAGAAGUAUAGUAAAGAUGGAGUUGUGGGAAUAGACCUAGCAGGAGAUGAAUCCAUGGACUGUGUGUCGUACCCAGGACACAAGAGAGCAUUUGAGGAAGCAGUCAGAAGUGAGGUGCACAGAACAGUGCAUGCUGGAGAAGUGGGCCAUGCCGGUGUGGUGAGGGAGGCUGUGGAAGUUCUGAAAGCAGAACGCAUUGGCCAUGGAUACCACACGCUUGAAGAUCAAGCUCUGUAUAAACAACUGCUCCAACAAAACAUGCAUUUUGAGAUGUGUCCUAUCUCUAGCAGAUUGACAGGAGCCUGUGACCCAGACUUCACCAAACAUCCUCUCAUCACAUUCAUGAAGGACAAAGCUAACUACUCCUUAAACACAGAUGACCCUACCAUCUUUGACUCCACCUUGAACUCGGACUAUCAAGUGGUGCAGAAAUACAUGGACUUCACUGAAGAGGAAUUCAAGAGACUGAAUAUAAAUGCAGCUAAGUCCUGCUUUCUUCCCGCGGAGGAGAAAGAGGAGCUUCUUGAACAACUCUCUAAGGCUUAUGGCAUGCUGAAAAGCACAGGCUUUUGAGCUCAGCACUGUUAUAAACAAGUAUGCAGCGAGCAGAGCCUUUCAGGACAUUUGCCUUUUCCUGAUUCCUUGAAACUGGAGAACUCAUAAACGCGUUUCUCAGCAAAAUAUUUACACAAAAAUAAUAAAGACCAUACAGAAAAAUCUCCAACAAAGAUUCGACUUUAGAAGUUAACAUGCCAUUCAUCAAAAUACGUGUUACAAAUGUAUUUUAUAUUUCAUUAACCGCUGUUCCAGCAUACUGGGUUUGACCAAAUGCUGUUGCCUUUCAUCUACAUCAAAAUUUUUACAAGUAUUGUAAUAUCUGUAGCCUAAACAUUUACUCAAGUCACUAUACUUUAUGCUCUUCUCAGUAUACGCACAGAAUAUGACCAUAAUGUAAUAAAGAAAAAAAGUCUUUAUAUGAAGCAUGUUAAGCUGUAUAACGUGAAUGGUGCUAUGAGAAUGAAAAUAGUAGCUCAGCUGUAUUCUACAAUUUUACAAUGGAAAUAAUGUAUAAAUCCAAAACAUUAAACCAGAAUAUGAUCUUAUGUCUGGUGUUCAUCUAAUGUAUAUUUUAUAUGCAAUAUACAAACCUUUGGGUAACAGUUGUCUAUUGAUAUUAAAGUUGUUAUUAGAUGUCUGAUGAUGAAAUGCUGUGCAAAACCCCUUUAAAUCUGGUCGUUCCUUGGUUCUAACACCAGAGGGCAUUUACCAAAAGACUAUUCAUGUAACUUAGUUAUGGAGUUAAUCAGCCUAGUGAAAAAUAAUUGUCAGGUUUUACAUUUUGUGUUGUAUAAUGUGAACUGCAUAGGAAAACAUACGGACUAUAAAUGUGGGAAGGAAGGGCCUGAGAGCUUUGUCACUGUAUAAACUAUCAAUACAAAUAAUUUUGCAUCUGAA